UUUCAUUCACAGUUAUCAUCCGGUGGCGCUUAUACACAUUAGCACAUUUUCUAUUCAACCGAUCGAUCAAAGAAGCUGCUCCGAAAAAAAUGAUGAAGAUCGUUAUAACUUUAGCUUUAGUUCUAGCCACAGUCAAUUGUACCAAAGUUCAACAGUGCAAAGGCCUGCCGGUUCCACUGGAUGUGAGGAUUAAGGAUUGCGAUGAACCGCCUUGUGUUGUGUAUAGAGGGUCCAUUGCUGUGAUGGAGGUGCACUUUCUGGGCAAUAAUAAUAAUAUCAACAGCAUCACGGCCACGACGACGGCUAAAGUGCUGGGCAUGAAUCAGCCGUAUGAUCUGCCCGACGAGGUUUCAGAUGUGUGUCGCAACCUUAUGUACGGCGCCAUCUGUCCCAUCGAUAAGGAUGAGGAUGUCACCUACCAGUUCAACUUCUACGUGGAGACUUGGUUCCCGGAAAUCACAGCGGAUGUCACUGUCAAACUUAACGAUGCCCAGAACGAACCGAUCACUUGCUUUGUCGUGAGCUGCAAGAUCCGGAAGGGAGCAACUGCAUCGCAACGGGACGAGUACCUAUUGGACUGGACGAACCCUGGGGCCAUUUAAUCCGGCGAUGUACGCCACUCCACCGAUGUGGUCCGACUGAUUGUUCCCACUUAUCAAUAAACUCAAAACGAUUACAAAGAUAACCGACUUUAUUUACAUUGACGACGUCACGGAUGCCACUUCUAGGCGCCCUACAAACAUUAGUUUUGGAUUUUUCCCUCUGACGCCUGCGUAAUAUAAGAGUCAGAGGAGCUAUCUCUUGAUAAGGUCACAUAUGAAAAGUCCAGACAGCUUACUAACUUACUCAAAGCCGUCAAUAAAAUCGACUGACUUGGAAUAGACAACUCAGUAACUAAUAUCUUUCUUUGUUAUAAUAAUAUGAAUACAUAUAUAAGUACUCAUGUGCAUAGGUAUUUGGUAUUCUUAGAUGAUUGAAUUUGGAAUUGACAAGUUUUAAUGACAGAACAAAUAUCUUAUUAUGACUAUUUGUUUUAAAAUCCAAAACUGUUGACCCUCGUGCUUCAAGGAAGCCCUAGGCCUUUUGACCAAUAUAAACAGUUUUAUUAAACGGCCAUGGCCUUGGUGGAUAGUACUUUUGCUCUAUAGUUGGCUCACCGCCUGAUGGGAGAGGAAAACUUUUGAGUUAAAGCCUGAGGCGACAAGUGGCGCCACUUCGGAGGGCUCGCGUCCACGGGUCUCCGGCAAGUAGCGCUUCGUAAGGCCGAAGAGCAGCAAGCAGGUUACUGAGAAUGGCAGGAAGACCAAGGCUCCGAAGGCGUUCUGCAACGUGGGAAAGGCCAUGCCAAUGAUAAAGUUGCAGAUCCAGUACACUACGCUGCCCAGCGACAUGGCAGCUGGGCGGGGGGCAAGUUCGAACAGUUCUGACGAGGGUCAAAAAACAAACGACGUCGGUUAGCGAUCGAUUUCAAGAAAGUGAGGCAACGCACCUGCUCCGAUAAAGAAGGGCAUGGGGCCCAGUCCGAACUGAAAGAAGAAUAUGUACAGGAAAAUGCAGCCAAUGCAGCCCAUGGCAAACCAGCUGAAGCUCUC